CAUUCGUUCACCACCUUAUUCGAACCUCUGCCAACCACAAUCUAGCAUGUUGCCGCACUGCUGCUGCAUGUGACCCUUGAUCGGAACCAAUCCUGGUUAUGGAUGCCUCUACUCGUGUGCCGCUACGUGCGUCAUCUUAGAUCACGGAGGGUAGGGAUACAUCUUGACAGGCCUCUAAUACUCAAUAGUAAGCUGUCAUUUCUGGCCAACUGGUGUUGCCUAGACACUCUCUAAGAAUACCGUUGAGAGUACAAGACGCUGGGCGCAACAGCGAAACGACAACUGUAACGAUGGAGGUUGAUAUGAGGAUGUUGGCUUGGCUGCAGCCCAGCGUUGUAUCUGUUUAGUGACAAAACCAGUCAUGUUUUGAUACUGGACAUUGAUAAAGAUAAAAAAACACAGCUAAUUAUUGCCGCUAAAGGCGCAUUACUGCAGGUUGCCGUCUGGUGGCGCAUCACGAUCCCAUGUUGUUCAUCGUCAUUGACUCCACACUAUAUAUUUUACCCGGAGCCCAUUUAAAUACCUAUCUCAGACAGCCUGCUCAUUGUAAGUGACGGCAGUCAGAUUCUCCCACCUCACUCACUUCCGGUUCUUCCAAACUUCGGCACACCGAGCAUGUCGCUGAACCGUGUUCAAAGCAUCGAGACGUUGACCGCUCCGCCUGGUCAUGGCGCUUCGAUUGAGAGGAGAGGAAGCGAUGCGAGUUUGCGCGUCCGACGCUUGACUUUCAAUCCUGUUCCUCAGGACUUCGAAACGGCUUCGUUGAGGCCAGAUGAGCAACAUGCCCAGACUGUUGGGGCAUUUGAGGUUCCUCAGUGGAAGCGAUUGCUCCAGAUUGGUGCCGCAGUUGUACACUGUCUCUUCGCUGCGGGCAUAGUCUUUGGCUAUGCUGCCAUCAAGCCAGUCCUGAAGCUUGAAGGUGCAUAUUCUGAUGUAUGCAAGCUCAGCCACUAUCAAAGCCCAACUAGCGAUACAAACGCUAUCUCUGAUGAUCCUCAGGACACAUGCGUUGAAAUCAGGCUUAACCUGAUGUUCACAGUCGCUGCUGUUGGGACCAACGUUGCAGCACUUCCUGUUGGCGCAAUUCUCGACCAUUUUGGCCCUCGUGUAUGUGGCUUGUUGGGAUGUCUCUUCCUAACGAUAGGCACACUACUUAUGGCAUAUGCUGGAUCUCUACCUUUCGACGGUCUUCUCCCCGGAUACUUGUUCCUCGCCCUCGGUGGUCCAUUCACAUACAUCUCGUCAUUUCAGCUCUCCAAUGCUUUCCCGCGACACUCAGGUCUCAUUCUCGCGCUCUUGACCGGCGCUUUCGACUCUUCGAGUGCAUUGUUCCUCGUUUAUCGUCUGAUCUACAAUGCCACAGAGGGUAGCUUCACCCUGCGCAAAUUCUUCCUCGUCUACUUGAUUGUCCCUGCUGUGAUAUUCGUCAGUCAGAUUGUUGUCAUGCCUGGACAGUCUUACAAGACUGUCGGCGAACUUGUCGACCAGGCGGCUGAAGCGGAUGAAAACAUUGUUGUGCACUCGACAUCGAGCACGCAGCAGGAGAUUGAUGAGCAUACAGCUCUGCUCCGCGAUGAGCGUCGUGAAGAGAGGGAAAGGCGCGAAGCUGUUGUACACGAUAUCGAGAACCUCUUAGGUUCGUCCAAGGGUGAUGAUCAAGUCCAGGCCAAGGAAAGACAGCAUGUUGCAUCGGGUGUCUGGGGAGUCCUCCAUGACCGCACCGUGCUAGAUCAAAUCCGCUCUCCUUGGUUCAUCCUCAUCUGCCUUUUCACUGUUGUUCAAAUGACACGCAUCAACUUCUUCGUCGCGACCAUACGACCGCAGUAUGAAGCCAUCUUCGGCGACCACGAUCGUGCUGUAAGGAUCAAUACUUUCUUCGACGUAGCCUUGCCAGCAGGUGGAAUAUUUGCGAUUCCCUUCAUCGGAACAGCGCUCGACCAUGUCAGCACUGUUCUUGUGCUAUCGACACUCGUUGCAUGUGGCACGCUCAUUGGUAUCUUGGGUGUCCUACCCUUUGAGUGGGCAGCAUACACUGGUAUUGUCCUCUUUGUCUUGUACCGUCCAUUUUAUUACACUGCUGUGUCCGACUACAGUGCAAAGGUGUUUGGUUUCCGAACCUUUGGAACCGUGUAUGGCCUCAUUAUCUGUCUCUCCGGCUUGUUAAACUUCUCACAAUCUGGCCUGGAUGUUUUGUUCCACGAGACCUUCAACGGUAACCCAGUACCCGUUGAUAUUAUGCUUCUUGUCAUAGGUCUUGUCAUUGGUGUUGCACUUGUGGUGUUUGUGGCAGCUCAGCUUCGAAAGAUGCACCAGAAAGCCAGAGCUGGCAUUGCCCAGUGACGUGGUAACAAUUUCAUGACUAUACUCAACUUUCUUUUCACUAUGCUGAGUAUUGGUUAGCGAUUAACUACUAUUGCACAUUCUUGAUCUCAGGAGAGCGUUCCCAAGGAUAGUGCAAAAAAGGGGAUCUUGUAAGUUCCAACAAUGUAUUUGAAGAUCGCCAUCUUCGAAAAGUGUAUCUAGAACCACAGACCAUAAUCAUCAUGCUUGGAUGCGACUUGACAAAACAUCAAUAACGGGUCACAAAGAAGCAAUUGGCAGCGACAUUUUCGGUAAGCAUUAUAUAUAGCCCAAAUGUAGGAAGAAGUGCACAAAAAAGCGUGAUCCCUGUUUACCUAAACAUGGAACAAUUUCCGCCACUGAAAUAGGUUUCUUCAAUUUGCUGUUCUCUGAACUUAA